GCGGCCGUUCUGAGCCAGCCCGGUCCGGGCUCUCCUGCCGCUGCGCCGUCAGUCAUGAAAGCUGAUCCUCAGGUCCCUCGCACCCCCGUGCCCUAGAAUGGCCGCUGGGACUGCUUCUUGGUGCCGGCCGGUCCGUCGCUGCCUUCUGAGCCGAGCUGCAGGGCUCUUCCCGGCGGCAGCCGAACUUGACGUUUCCUGUGGUUGCCCCCAGCUGUAAAUAGCAGAGGUGUAUUAAAGCAGUUUCGGUCCCCGCACUCUGUGAUGACGACCUUUAAUGCAGCACCGCCCCAAGUCAAGCGUAUUCCAGGGAUUCAGACUCAGACGAACCUUCUUGUCCUCUUUAAUACCAGACGCUGGCGGUAAUUUGCUCAGCUGCAUGACUUCCUUUAAAUUGAGCAGGUGUUCUUUAAAUACUUGUGGACACAAUCUUGUGCCUUAGCAUUCCUAGAUCAGGAACCAUGUUUCCUGAUACAUGCAUGCACCGCUAAUAUAAAGACCUCUAUGCAUUUUUGCUGAAGGGCUUUUGUGGCUUUCAAGAUGAUUUUCUUUCAGGUCACAUGUUCCUAUAAAUCGCUGGCUGCUAAUUACAUGAAAGCAACACCUAGUCAGUUCAUGAGGAGUAAUGAGCCUUUACAUGCAGUGUCCAAGCUAGUAGUCAUUCAUCAAAGGUAGCUGGCUGUAUGUUUUUAUUCAUCCAAAGUGCUAUAAAACUGCUAAAGCAUUUCCCCUCCCUGAGCCUAAAACCAAGUGUGUCACCCUGGAGAUAAGCAUUGGGAUAGUGUGUGGCCAAGUGCUUGCUUGCUCUUAGAGCGCCUUAGUCAUUGCUUAAGAGGAGUCACACUAGCAUGGACCCUGAAGUCUCUGAACAAGGCGGUGACGACAAGAACACUUCUGUCUGUGUUGGCCGAGAGGAUGACAUUAGAAAGUCGGAAAGAAUGACGGCUGUUGUCCAUGACAGAGAAGUAGUCAUUUUCUACCACAAAGGGGAAUACCAUGCUAUGGACAUUCGCUGCUACCAUUCUGGAGGACCCUUACACUUGGGAGAAAUUGAGGAUUUCAAUGGACAAUCAUGUAUAGUUUGCCCCUGGCAUAAAUACAAAAUCACUUUGGCAACAGGAGAAGGAUUAUACCAGUCUAUAAACCCUAAAGACCCAUCAGCAAGACCUGAGUGGUGCUCCAAGGGAAUAAAGCAAAGGAUACACACUGUGACGGUGGAUAAUGGCAACAUUUAUGUGACACUUUCCAAGGAGCCUUUUAAAUGUGACUCUGAUUAUUAUGCCACUGGAGAAUUCAAAGUGAUUCGGAGUUCUUCCUGAUUAAAAAAUACAUAUGGUAGCAAAAUUAUGUGUAUGUUUGAAAAUAUUUUACAGUAAUUUUGUUCCAGUACCAAAGAUAAUUUUUUUCCAACAUAGGUAUAUGUAACUUUUUCCAGGGCCUGCAGAUGGGCCAGAGGGGCUCAGAGCUCUUGCUCCUCUUCCUCACCUUCACACCUCACAGUCGCCCUGACUCCAG